UGAGCGAUUUGCAGCCGGGGUGAUAGAUCUGGUCUUCCGGAUAUCGUUCCCUUCGCCGCACUUACGAUCACCUGAGGAUAGACAGUGAGUCACUGGUCUCUCCUCCAGGCUACCUUCCUUUGAGCCUUUGUCGUUGUUUUUCUCGGCAACGAGCUCGGAUCCCUCCUCAUUUUGGAGUUUGCAUAUACCAAUUCUUUGACUUGACUUCAAGCCCCGUGAGGCCUCAAUAACCAUGCGUCUCAUUCUAGCUCGACAUGGCCAGACAGAUGAUAACGUCCGAGGCAUGGUCCAAGGACAAACAGAUACCCCUCUCAAUGACCAAGGCCGCCAUCAAUCCGCUCAAUUGUCAGAAUCUCUCAAGCGGUACCAUAUCACCAAAGCAUAUACAUCGCCCCUGUCUCGGGCUAGCGAGCAGACUGCAAAGAUUGUACUGGCAUACCAUCCCGACGCUCCACUUUACUUUCAGGACGAUCUGAGAGAGCGCGGUUGGGGAAGCUUGGAAGGUCAGGUAUGGAUCCCGGGGACAAUCAUUCCGGAUGAUGCUGAGAGUUUUGACGACUUUACUCGGCGCUCAACAGACUGGUUCGCGAAACUCCUCGACGCUCACAUUCCCCACCUUCCUUCCCCUGAGGAGGCACCUCCUCUCUUACGAGGCCCUUCUCCCAAAUCUCAUCAUUCGACAGAAGACGUCAUUCUCAUCAUCACGCACAGUGAAUGGCUUGAACGAUUCGCCGCAAUCACCUGCUCCUCUCCAUACUUCUUCGGACAGACAGAAAAGUGCGACAUGAAGGCUCGAAUGGCGAAUGCGAGCGUUGCGGAGGUCGAUUGUGUGUAUGAUCAUCAGGAAGGUGUUUGGAAGGGGAUGAUUGAGGGGUGGGGAGCUGUUGGACAUCUCUCCAGGAUGGGAGAGAGUGACUAGGGUGGCUGGACAAUAGUAUAAGCUGUGGGCGAUUGAGGGAACGAAAAG